AUGGCAGCCCGCCCACCUUUACCCUUUGGACUCGGGCGAGAUCCUCAGUGUGCACCCAACCGGUGCCUCUCACCCGACACGCCCCUACCUGCACCCGGCACACCCCUCCACGACCAAAUCGCCUCCGCCCUCUCCCAACUCUUCCAGACCUUCUUCUCAACUUCGUUGCGCUACCUCGGCGUCUCUGAAAUCCUCGACUGGCUCGAGACGUCCGGGACGGUCGACGCUUGGAUCUUGAGCGGGCUGGAGGGAGGACGGUUGCCGGAUGAGAUCGCAGACGAGCGGAAUCUGGCGUUCGGGAAGGAGGCGUUCAGGCAGGUCGUCAAGAAUGCGCUUGACGCGGAUGGGGGAGCAUGGGCGACGAGUCUCAGGGAGACUGGGUUCUCGUCGGCGAUGAGCAUGGCGUUCGAGGGCGUCAUUGCGCAGCUCAAGCCGAGCAAGACCGCUCCUUUACCGUGCCUGCACACCCUCCUCACCCCGACCGGCCUCAGCAUGCUCAAAUCCGCCCCGCUCAAAUCGACCUUUCCCCUCUCUCCCCCACGCACCUCUCCCUCUCCCGCCCCUCUCCUCGCUUCAAUCCGCUCGCUCAUCCAAUCCGGCAACCUCGUCGACCCCGUCUGGCAAUCAACCACGACCUGGCGCUCGCAGAUUCGAAAAGCCUUCGCCUCUUACCAUGCUUUGAUGCGCCAAGUUGCCGAGGAGAUCGUCUCGGACCGCUCCUUCGCCGAAGAGUACUUCAUCUUCCUCGAGAACGUCUCGAGGCCUGUCCAGCUCCUCCAGCUCAUCGCCGACGACUUCGAAGCCGAGUUCGGACCGAACGCGACGCGCGGAUUGCUCGGUGUCGGAGACGUCGGUGGAGACAACUUGAUCAGCAUCAUGGACUUUUGCGCGGCCAAGAAACCGAGCGAGUUGCUCAAGCGCGUCAAGCAGCGGGUGGCGGAGAAGCAGGAGCGCGAUAGGCGGUCAAUGCAGUUUGAGUCGCUCCGCGAACGCCUCAAGGAACUUGACGCGAAGGUCAAGUCGUGGCUGCUCAAGUACCGCUCGGCAAUUGGGAAGAAGGACAAGGGCGAAGGAGAAGGGGAGGAAGACGUCGAGGGCGACGGCGAGCAGGUGGACGUCGUCUACGAGGAGGACGCGGUGCGGCUUCAGCGCGAAUUGGAGGAGACGCUCGACGAGCGGGACAAGAUCAAGAGCGAGCUCGACGACCUGCAGGCGAAGCAGGAGGAGGACGAGCGUGCGGUCAAGCGCGAGCGGGCGGAACGGCAGAAGCUGCGCCGAGCGGCUGGCGUCGACGAAGAGACGGGCGAGGCGGGCUUCAAGCUUGGCUCGUCGAAAGACCUGCUUGUGCCGACUGCAGCGGGCGACGUCGCGCUCGACCCGUUCUCGUCCGUCGCGCCGAGAGCCGUCUCACCUGUUCCUGGCUCUGCCAAGGGCAAGGCGCGCGCGCUUACUCAGCCGGGCAAGCCCCGCACCGCCGCUCGAUACGCCCCGCCUCCGCCUGCUCACCGGUACAACACCCCUCUCCACCGUCUCCCCAAAGACGCCGCUCGCUCAGCCUCUCCCGCCUUCCCUCCUACUGCGACACCUGACUCCUCCCGCCCUUCUUCACCUGCCCCUCGGCCUCGAGCCCAGAAGCGCUCGUCUUCCGCUCCUCCAGCCGCUGGAUCGGCUUCCAGCUCCCCUUCUCGAGCUCGCAAAGCUCGAGCUGGCCGGUCGCAGCUUUCAAAGCGGAAAGCUGAGGGCGAGGCGGAGGUUGAGGACGAUGGGUACUGCGAGUUGUGCUGUCCGCUGUGCAGGGCGGAGGCGGAGACGAUGGCGAAGCAGGACGGCGCUGAGACGCUCGUCGAGCCAGCGGAGAGCGAGCAGAUGAGUCGGACGGGGUCGGCGGAGACGGCGGUCGAGGUCGCAGCGCACGACCAGGCGGACCAUCAGGAGCUCGCGCAGGACAUGCCGCUCCAGGAGGCGACGAACACGCCUCCAACGUCUUCGUCUGGCAAGAAGAAGAAGAAGCGCAAGAACAAGAACGCCAACACCGUCAUCUCUUCCGUCGUCAUUCCCGCUCCUCCUCCGCCUACCACUGCCACCCUGACGAUCCCGCCGUCCGUUUCGUCGACUCUACCUACAUCUCUCCCGUCCGUCCCGCUCAAGGAAGGCUUCAGCCCGCUUUCAAAGUACCCGCCGCCAAGAACCUGUCCGCCUCAUCGCUGUACGGGCGUCCCACCCAAGUACGAGGUAUGGGAAGAGAUGGACGGGCUGCUGUACGGCACGCUCCUCGCCGGGUUCAAAUACGAGCUCAUCGGCGCUCUCCCCUCCCCUCUCUUCCUCCUCCGCGACAAGUGCGCCAAGUCGUACCUUCUCGGCGGCGGCCGCAUGACGACCGACACCGGCGAGCCGCGCGAGAUGGACGGCUUCCUCGAACUCGCCGAAGCUCGCGGUCUCUGGCACUCGGUCAACCAUGCCGAGAUCCAAGCUUGGGGUCAGCGGGUCCUCGCGAUCAGCAUGCAGAAACUCGUCGACGUCCUCGUUGCAACGCUGGGCGACAUCUGCAUCUGCAAGAUGUCGAACCACCUCGACAUCCUCCGCGAAGCGCAGCAGCGCCUCGAGCAGUGCGAGCAACUCGACCGCCAGAUCCCGAUUGACCUGCCGGAAAUCGACCCGACGCAGUUCAUGAAGUGGUGCCACGUCCAGCUUAGAGCAAAGCGUCUCUCCGGUCCCGAAUGGGAGAGCGUCAGCCGCCAAUACGUCGUCCAAGACUACCUCCUCUCCUUCUCCGACGCCUUCGACGCCGCGAUGGACCGCCUCAUGCUCAACGACCCGUUCGUCCUCGCCGAGGACAUGUGCACGCUCCUCGAAUGGCAAGGCGGCGUCAGGGCUUUCGAGACGGCCCUCCGCUUUGGUCGCGGUAAUAUCGUCGAUGCGUUCGGGACGGGCGUCGAGCUGCUUGAGGGCAAGGAGGAGGGCCCGGUCGAGCGGCGGCCGCUGCAGGCGUGGGGUCGGUUGCUCGAGCUCAGCGCGGAAGCGCGGGCAAAGGGCACGCCGUUCAGCCGCGAUUUGGCGGAGCAGGAGAAGCAGAAGGGCAACGACUUCUUCGCCGCCGGCGAGUUCGAAAAGGCCGUUGUCUCAUUCACCACUGCCUCGAUCAUCCAUCCCAGCGAGCCAACUUUUGCAGCCAAUGCUGCCGCCGCGCGCUUGAAGCUCAACACGCCCGAGCAGUACGCCGAAGCCGUCUCGGACUGCACUAUCGCGCUGUACUCGGACCCGACGCACAUCAAGGCACUGUAUCGACGAGGAGUCUGCCUUGCAAUGCUCGGGCAGUGGAAGGCCGCCUUUGCAGACCUCCGACACCUCGACCAGAUCGCGCCCGACUGCGAACCCGCCAGGCAGGCUCUCGCAUGGGCAGAAGCGCGGCACCGGGCUGUCACGACCGCAAAGGUCAAGUAG